AUGGCGCAAUCUGAUCAUGUAUUUGAACGAAUUCUGGAGUGGAAGACUAACUUCGAGGAGCAGGGUGAAGCAAAAUUAACGGAAAUUCGGCGACUGAUUGAUGUAAACGAUGUUCUUGAGGCAUAUUUCCAGGAAAUCGAUCAGCUGCCAGAAAAACUCCGCAAAAGCAGUUUUUAUGAAUUCAUUUCAACAUGUGAAGCUAAUGGUGCAACUGUCGACGAGCCUGUUGCUGAACCUAGUUUUCGUCGGGAAACUGAAAACAAAUCCAAAAUGGAGCAGAAAUCAACCGCUUGGGCAAGUCGGCUUCGAGGUCCACGAAAAUUGGUUCCAGAGUCAUCUCACACACUGUCGAACAUGAGGACUCCGGCGUCCAGAAAUCUCAAACCCAUUGUCUUGAAAACGCCUGUUGGAAAUGUCCGUGUGCCGCGGGCUAUAACGCCAAAAGUCCAAGAUGGUGAUGAUAUUAAGUUCCGUACUCUGCGUCGAGAGGAAGUCGCAUUCUCAGUUGCUGGCACACCAGUAGUUGCAGGAGACGAAACAGAGGGCGAUGAAAAUGUUUUCCUUGUCAAUGAGCUGCUUCAUGCAAGAGAUGAGGAAUUAACUCCAAAAACUCGGAAUGUAGUGCACGGAAUGAAACAACUUAUCGGUCGAAUUCGUACCAGUGAGAUUCCUGAGCAUUUUUAG